AUGGCGACGAAGGAGGUACCCGCAUCAGAGCUGGGACACCAGGAUGUCAAGCUUCCGGAUCCACCAUCCUCAUCCUUCUUCACCGAUGCUCAAUGGAAGACGUGGUGGGCUUUGAUGGACACGGUGAUUCCAUCCAUCGGCCCUCAAUCAGCAGAGGUUCAGGGAAGAUAUGAAGUAUCGCCAACCCAGCUCCAGUCGUACUACGAAGCAUGCAAGAGCAAAUUAAACUCUCCGCCAAGCCAGGCCGAGUUCGAGGCAUACUUGUCGGAGAAGCCAUCUGAUAAUGAAGCCUUUCGGUCUCACAUGUAUAGGACUCUAUCAGGGCUCCCAAAAGAGCAGAGAGAGCAGCUUGGUGGAGCUAUUAACAUGCUUGGAACACGCUUCGGGAGCCUUAUGAUCAGUGGCUACAUGACACCUUUCCACGACUUGCCCGCGGAAGCGAGAGAAAAGAUCAUUCAAGCAUGGCAAGCGUCGUACUUUACAAAAUUCCACGGCCUUGCAAAAUCCGUCACGGCGUUGGCGACGAAUCACUGGAUCCAGCAUAGCCCCGGGUUCCGAAGCCUCAGUGGCUGGAAAGAUGUCCCAGAAGGGUACAAGGCAGCCAAGGUGCAAGACUAUACCUUUAAGCAGUUUGAGGCCGGUGAUGAUCCGCUCACCAUUGACACCGACGUGGUCAUUGUGGGCUCGGGCUGCGGCGGAGGUGUUUGCGCCGAGGUGUUGGCCAAAGCCGGACAUCGGGUCCUUGUUGUGGAAAAGGGGUAUUACUUCCCACCAUCUCACCUGCCAAUGAGAGAAGAUACUGGCGCUUACCACUUGUUUGAUGGGAACGGCAUCAUAACUAGUGAAGACGGCACUUUAUCGAUCAUGUCGGGAAGUACCUGGGGAGGCGGUGGUGCGGUCAAUUGGGGCGUGAGCCUUCAGCCUCCCGAAUAUGUCCGCCAGGACUGGGCCAAGAAGCAUGGCCUGCCUGUGUUCGCUACACAGGAGUUCCAGAACUCACUAGAUCGGGUCUGUGAGUUCAUGGGCGUCUCUGAUGCCACCGUCCAACAGAACCAUCGCGGUCAAGUACUUCUUGACGGAGCCAAGAAGCUGGGCUACAAGGCCAAGGUUACACCGCACAACAAUGGUAACGCGGAGCACUACUGCGGCCAUUGCCAUUUGGGCUGUGGAUCUGCCGGAAAGAAGGGUCCCGCGGUGAGUUGGCUACCAGCUGCCGCCAAGAACGGCGCCGAGUUCAUCGAGGGCUUCCAGGUCGACAAGGUCACGUUUGAUGACUUUGCUUCUGGAAAGAAGGCCUCGGGCGUCAAGGGCAAAUGGGUCUCUCGAGAUGCCGAGGGCGGUCUCAAUGGACCGCUCGGUAAGCGUGUCACGAGAGACAUUGAGAUCAAGGCGAAGAAAGUAAUCAUUUCGGGAGGUUCCUUGUGGAGUCCCGUGAUUUUGCAAAAGAGUGGCCUUGCGAAUCCGCAAAUAGGCCGGAACCUCGCCAUGCAUCCUGUCACGGUCAUCUUUGGAUACUGGAAGCAAGACGUCAACCCAUGGGAAGGAUGUGCUAUCAGCAGUGUGGUGACGACCUUUGAAGAUUUGGAUAAUGAAGGCAACGGAACCAAACUGGAAGCCUUGUCCAUGGUGCCCUCGAUUGUCUUUCCGCAAUAUAGAUGGCGCAGCGGUAUAGACUUCAAGAUGUCGGCCCUCCGAUAUCGAAACUUGAACGCAUUUUUUUCCAUGCCCCGAGACAGAGACACGGGCCAUAUCUACACAGACCCAGAGACAGGGAGACCGCGCAUCGUGUAUACCCCCGGCGCCUUUGAUAGGGCCAACGCGCUAGAGGGCGUUAUUGGUUUGCUCAAGAUUCUAUUUGCCGAGGGAGCAGAAGAGAUCCGCACAAGCAUGAAAGGCAUCGAUCCAUUCAUUCGCAGCACUGAUGAGGAUGAGAAGCAGGAAGCAGCGAGGUUUGAGAAGUGGCUCGCAACAGUUCGUGCAACAGGCGUUAGCGCAUCCGACGGCUGGGGCUGUGCUCACCAGAUGGGCUCAUGCCGCAUGAGCAAGUCGGCAGAGGACGGCGUGGUUGACGCCAAGGGCAAGGUCUGGGGAGUCGAAGGUCUACAUGUUGCCGAUGCCAGCGUCUUUCCGACGGCCACAGGAGUCAACCCAAUGGUAACCACCAUGGCUGUUGCGGAUAUGAUUGCCAAGGGCAUAGCCGCCGACUUGGAUGGGCUGAAGGCUUAA